CUGUCUGUCUUGCCUCCCCAAACUCGAGUCAUGUUCCCACUUCCAAUUGAUACUACACAAUAGUUUUGAUUCCUCCUGCUCCUGCUUCCUUUGCGCAUAUUAUAUAAUAUAUUAUAUGUGAUCAAAGGCAGAGGGACAGUGAUGGGCUGCUUUCAGUCCAAAACCACCCACCUUCCCUCCCCUGAUCAACAUCCUCCUCCUCCUCCGCCUCCUCCUCCACCACAAACCAACUCAGAUCUAGAUGACAACGCGGAGCAGCCGGCAGUGCCCGCAUUUAAGGAGUUCGCCCUGGUGGAGCUGCGAGCAGCUACCAACGGAUUCAGCAGUGACCUCAUAGUGUCAGAGAGUGGAGAGAAGGCUCCCAACGUGGUGUACAGAGGGAAGCUGAAGAACAAUGGAGUGGUGGCCAUUAAGCGAUUCUCAAGGCAGUCCUGGCCCGACCCUCAUCAGUUUGUUAACGAAGCUGCAGGGGUUGGGAAAGUCCGGCACAAGAGAUUGGUUAAUUUGAUCGGCUGUUGCGCCGAGGGGGACGAGCGCUUGUUGGUCUCUGAAUACAUGCCUAAUGAUACCCUCUCUAAGCAUCUCUUCCACUGGGAAAAAAAGCCUUUGCCAUGGGAAAUGCGCCUCAGAGUUGCCUACCAUAUUGUGCAAACCCUUGAUCACUGCAACGCCGAAAACCUUAAAAUUUAUCACGAUUUAAAUGCUUACAGAGUUCUUUUUGAUGAGGAUGGUGAUCCUCGACUAUCUAGUUUUGGAAUAAUGAAAAAUAGCCGGGAUGGAAAAAGCUACAGUACUAACUUGGCUUAUACUCCUCCUGAAUUUUUGAGGACAGGCAGGGUCAUCCCUGAGAGUGUGAUUUAUAGUUAUGGAACUGUUCUCCUGGAUCUCUUAAGUGGAAAGCAUAUCCCUCCCAGCCAUGCAUUGGAUUUGAUAAGAGGAAAGAAUUUGUUGUUGUUAAUGGAUUCUUCCCUGGAAGGACAAUAUGCUAAUGAAGAUGCCAGCAUAUUGGUUGAAUUGGCUUCAAAAUGUCUUCAAUACGAGGCUAGAGAUCGACCUGAUAUCAAAUUCCUCCUUUCAGCAGUGGCACCUCUUCAAAAACAGGAGGUUGCAUCACAUAUUCUAAUGGGUCUAUCAAGAACCCCAGUGGUGCUGCCAACUAUGCUUUCCCCGCUUGGAAAGGCAUGUGCUAGGAUGGAUCUUACUGCAGUGCAUGAUAUCUUGCUUAAAACUGGUUAUAAAGAUGAAGAAGGUGCAGAAAAUGAGCUGUCAUUCCAAGAGUGGACACAACAGGUUCAAGAUAUGCUGAACACAAAAAAAUUUGGGGAUAUUGCAUUUAGAGACAAAGAUUUUAAAAAUGCUAUUGAUUACUACUCAAAGUUGGUGUCAAUGAUGUCUGUUCCUUCUGGUACUGUAUUUGUGAGAAGAGCCCUCUCACACUUGAUGAUUGGUCAACCAGAACUUGCCUUGAGAGAUGCCAUGCAGGCUCAGGUGUGCUUGCCUGAAUGGCCCAAUGCCUUCUAUAUGCAAGCUCUUGCCCUCUCCAAGCUUGGAAUGGAAACUGAUGCGCAGGACAUGCUUAAUGAUGGAGCCUCCAUUGAGGCAAAAAAGCAGAAUGCCAGGCGUGUAUAAGCAGCAAUGUCUUAAUCUUUCGGGUAGUGGUUUUUUUUUUUUUUUGCUUGAUUCUUUUGCCUGCGUGUGUCGUGCUGCUGAGAGCUUGGAAGAUGGUAGCAGAAAGGAAGUGUAGUUGUGAGGAUAAGUUUGAAUCGAGUCUUUUAAUCCUGUGGGAUAAUUGUUUGACAUAAAGGAAUGUAUAAAGGAUAUUAAAUAUGAAGAAGUAAUUAAAUUAACUAGCCAAUGACUGAUUCUUUGGUGCUGAUUUU